AUGACUAGAGAGUUGGAUGGGAAGUGCUUGAAGCAGAGAGCCCUGGAUGGCGGCUAUCAGGAGCCUAAACCCAGAUCACCUGACUCUGCCGUGUCCCCACAGGGCGUCACCUACUGUGGAGAAAGCUCGGCCAGCAGCCUCACCAUGGCCAAUGUGCCCUGGCAUGAGGAGGUGGUGCACUUUGUCGGCGAGCUGGUGGAUCUGAUCCCCGACUACGAAAUUGCGUGUGAGCACGAACAUUCUAAUUGCCUCCUGAUAGCUCACAGGAAGUUUAAGAUUGAUGGUGAAUGGUGGACGUGGAUUGACUAUGACCGCUUUCAGGCACUCAUCCAGCGGUACGAGGACAGCGGCGGAGCAGAGACCUUCAGUGCACAGGAUUAUAUGGCCAAAACUCCUCCCUGGGCAGUGUUUGGAGCCAACGAAAGAGGCUUUGAUCCCAAGGACACAAGACAUCAGAGAAAGCACAAAUCAAGGGAUAUUUCUGGAUGCUGAGCUUAUCUGACCUCGGGAUGCUGAAGGACAAAACCUGGAUGGCGCACAAGUUCUUGGAUGCCCAUGACUUUUCCAAGGACAAUUGAUACAAGUUCCUUUUCACAGACUUGAGAUGCAAGUCACUUAGCUGGGACUCAGAACCCGGGCCCUUUCCUGAUUUUGUUUCUGAGGAAAAUCAUUGAAGGGAGCACAGUCCUUAAGCUAUUGGAAUUUAAUAAUUGUUGAAUUAUAUUUUAGUAAGACUUCCUAAAAUGCUAUCCAUGAGAGUGUCACGUUCA